GACAGUUUGAAACGUCGUUGAAAUUUACCUUUGAUUGCAGAAUUUCAUUGUCAGCAGGCGUGAAGAAAGUGAAGGUUACAUUAUCAAUCAUGACAGAUAGCCCGCCAUCACCUAAAAGGGUGAAAAUGGAAACAAUAGACCUAAAUGAACUUACCCGUGAAGAAUUGAUCAACAAGGUGAAAGAACAAGAAAAGUAUGUGCGGUAUCUAGAAGAAAGACAGCAAAGAGGCCGUAAAGGAGAUGAUGAUAGUGAUAUGAAAGAGCUUGAGGAAAAAAUGAAGCAACAGCUGCGUGAUAAUAUGAGACGGGAGAGCACUCUGGUUCACCGCCUGACCACUAAAGAACAGGAGCUACAGGACUACAUUAACCAAAUUGCAGAAAUGAAACAAGCACAGACCCAAAACUCUGCUCAACUAAGAUCAAUGCUGUUGGACCCUGCAGUCAAUCUUGUGUUCCAGAGGAUCACCAAGGAAAUGGACGAAUCACAGGAGAAACUCAAACAAACCCAAAAUGAACUAAGUGCUUGGAAGUUCACACCAGACAGCCAAACUGGUAAGCGACUGAUGGCCAAGUGUCGGAUGCUCCUCCAGGAGAAUGAGGAGCUUGGAAAGGUGAUCAAUUCUGGAAAGACUGCACAAUUGGAAGGAGAGAUUGCCUUACAGAAAUCUCUUGUCCAAGAAAUGACCAACAACCAGUCUGAACUGGACGACCUUCUGGGUGACCUUGACGAGGAUGUGGAGGGUAUGCAGAGUAUGAUCUAUGUGUUACAGCAGCAACUCAAAGACACUAAAGAACAGUUGGGACUAUUACAGGAGGAGAAUGCACAGCUACGCCUUGCACAAAAUACCACCCCCGUCACAUCAACAAUUGUGCCUCCUACAGACGUUAAACCAAUCAUUAAACAGGAGACACCUAGUUUCCCCAACAGUCCAAUCACAGACUCUGUAGCACAGAGUAAAUGGACACCACACAGUGAUAGUAAGUAUGAACCCUCACAAUUAUCACAAGACUGUGAUAUUGCCAAAGAACAACCAGAGACACCUGAUGGUAAUGGUGAAAUAGAGCCAAUGGAAACUGACCAAAAUACUUUGUCAGAUUCAUACAACAUUCACUCAUUAUACAGUAGCAGUACAGACAUAGAGCACAAUCAUACCACAGACCAGAAUGACUCCCUAGAACAAUAUAGAACAGCUAACACAGACGUUCAGCUCAAAGAGAACGUAGAUGAUUUAUCACAGGAUGCCUGGAGUCCACGGAAACCAGCACUUGACCAAUUGGAAGAGGACAGUGCUUUAAGGAAAUCCCAUGAGGAGUUAAGUUGUAGUCCAGAUACAACAAGCUUAGACAAGUUAGGGGAGAGAGACCUAUCAACAGGUGAUUUCUUACACAUACAGAACGGCGUAAAUAGGACUAGUGAUGGUGAAAUUGAACAGGCGUAGGUUAAACCAGUGUGCCACCAGUCACAGAUCAUUCAUCCAAUACAUUUCAUUUGCAGAUAAAUCAUUAAUGUUUAGAAGAAUCAAAAUUCUAUGAUAAAAUGUUACCUUUUUUUUUUUUAUUUGUGAAAAAACAGUUUGUCCCUCAAAUAGUUCCAUUAAAGUUGAUUUACCAUAUGUUAAUGUGGUGUAAAAUAUUGUAUGGUGGAAUGUUCUGAACCAUGGUAGUUUAAGUUGAUAUAUAGAUUUCGACAGAUAGAAAAGUAAGAUAUGAAAUGAAAAAAAUAGUAUUUAAUGCUAUAAUUAUGAAAGAAACUAGAUUUAUUUCACAUUUAUGAAACAAACAAACAACAGCUUCAUCAAUGUAGUACCGGGGUAUUUAAAAAAUAUCCAAGACUGAUAGUGAUAAUUUAAGAGUCCUUUUAUACAAAUUACUGGAUUUGAUUCACAAUUAAAGUAGAAGUGUAUAGAAUGUGUUCCUGUAAGUUGUAGCACAAGGAAAAUAUUAUUCAUCUGUUAAAAAGUCACUGAAACCAAUACAAAAUUAAUAGAAAGAAUUUUUCCUUGUAAACUUCAUCACAGGUUAUCAACAUUAUAUGGUAUUUAGUACCCUGUUUUAAAGCCAAGAUUUCUUUCUGAACUGUGAAUCUUAUACAAGUUUUGGAUAUGAAUUGGUUUUUGGCUGUUAUUUAAUAAUGAAUAGUAAUGUAGUGAUUUACAUAUACACAUAUGUAAUACCAGGUAAGAUGUCACUAGUUAAACAUUAAAUCAUCUACAUUUUCCCCAGUCUUGAAAUAUAGGUAAGUUUGAGUCACUUCUGAUGAAACAUGAAUUAUUGACAGAAGGUAAAUGUUUUCUAAUACUUUUGAAGAUGUAUUUAAUCUAUUGUUCAUGUUUAAUUUGAAAUAAUUAGAUGUUAUAGUGAUUUGUGUUUCAUUUCAAUAGCAUAAGGAAUGCCCUGAUUCUUUUAAGGAGUGGAAGUGUACACAAGUGUCAAUGAAGGUCCCCAAUGUGCUUGUAUUACUGCAUUAAAAGAAAUCUUUCUUGGAUUUUUUAUGAUGGUACAUUUAUGUAUUGUCAAUAAUGUUUGAAAAGGUUGUUCAUAACAUUUCCAAAGUUGUGAUAUAACUUUCUGGACUAAAACACAGCAACAUGAUGUGUGAAUGAAAUUACUGUCUAUUUUCAGUACUGAACAGUCACGUCUUGUUUCUAUCAAAAGAAAAAUAGAAAGCCAUUCUGUUGAGUAGUUAGAGAGAUCUGUCAUUGUUUUCUCAUAAAAAUGUCCCGUUUAUAAUUUGUUGAUGUUAAAAGCUCAGUUAGAAUGUUGACAGUUUUACAACCAUACAAUUUGUAGUGAUUGGGAUUUGAGAUCUUCCUGUUCUAUAGUGUAUGCUUUUCAAUUUUCCUGAAAUACAUUAUUAUAUUUUGCGGGCAACAAUAACUGUAAGUUAAGAAUGUUAUUUUCUUUACUUUCACAUUGUCUAUGUGAAUAUCAGCAGGAGAAAUUGGAUACAAGAUUAACUUCACUAUAAGCAUUAUUUAGACUAUACUCCUGCUGUAUAUGUGACAUAUUUGGUUACAUUCAUGCAAGUAUGAAUGCAGGUCGGUUACAUUCAUAUUUAGCAUCUAGCUGUAGCACAGCAGAUGUUAACAACUUGUAUUCAUACUGGCUUUGCCGGUAAAUAAAAAGUUGCAUCAAUAUGCGUUAAAACAUUUCAGAUUCUUUUUUCAGGAAUGUGAUGUUAAAAAAAAUUUACUAUCAUUUCACAGUAUUCAGAUUCUAACAUGGAAAAAAAAAGUUUGAUAUCUUUGAAUUAUUUAUCUGAUACGUAAAUGGUUAUGAUCUCAUAGUUUAUUUAGUCAUCCUGGUAUUGUUUUUACGUGAGAUAGCUAUAAUUGCCAAGUGCUGCUGUUUUGUGGUCAACCUUUCACUUACUUGUCAAAAUGGACCUACACCCUAUAGGAAAAAAUAUUGUGUUUUGUAUGUCUUUAUUUCAUGGAAUGAGUGGUCUAUCAUGCAAAUGUUUGUGUUCAGAUCUAUGUGAAUAAACGAGGCAGCAAAUGAGAAAUUAA